ACCAUUUUACUCACCAGAGCAGAUUAGGCUUUUUUUCUUGUUAUCUCGAGCGUUUGUAACUAACUGCUGCUCGCAACAAUUUCAUCGUUUUUUUUGCCAACUUCUACCGACCGGUAAUUUUCUAUGGGUGUUGCACGUUCGUAAAUUCACCAGUUAUUCGGCGCUCUGGCACUAACGAGAGUGCUCUGAAAUUGGAGUAGAUAGCCAGAGUUAAUUUACGAACGCACCCGAGAGUGCUCUGAAAUCUGUGUAGAUUGCCACCGUGAAUAUACAAGCGCACCCCUACUCCGAUGUCAGUACCAGAACGCAGAAUAACUAGCUAAUGAAUUUAUGAACGCACAACACCUGUUGAAUAUUACAUAUUGCCAGCGGCACAGUUAUAGUCACCAACUCUCUAGAUGACAUGAAAACAGCUUAUCCUGCUCUGCUAGCGCGAGUUAAAUGGUUAAGAGUGAGGUGUUCUCUCAUUUAUGUCUGGAAGUAGCAAGCAAGUUAGCCAACUUUAGCCAGUUAGCUUGGGUGCUCGACUGCCGUUGUGAGGUCAGAACUUUCGGAUCAACCCUACUUCUCGGCCAGAGUGUCAACUGUGCGCUCUGAAUUUACGAAUGGACAAUCUGACAUUUCUCUAAAUUUACGAACGCACAGAGCGCACUCUGGCAAUCUAGAGCGAAUUUACGAACACACCCCAAGUUGAUCGCGAGGCAGCGACAGCAGCUCACGUGUCCAUGGCUACCCGGAUGGUGCAACUCGCUCAGCCCAAACCCAACCUGCUCCGAUUCCCCGACCGACGGUCAGUCUACUGGCUAGAUGAACUCCCACCUGAAAGAAAUGGCUCCACCACCACGUUUGAGUUGACGCCCCACUGGUCCCAGCUGUGUGGCAGGAAGCGGCUUCAUUCUGGGUUUGAACAGAGCAGGUCAUCUCCCCAAUGGGAGGUCAGUGUAGCAGCUUUGAGUGCCUAUCCAUCCAAUAGAGUGUGUUCUCUGGCUUUGCCCCGCCUCCCCACCGUAGGCUGGGAACCUGACCGCCCCCUACUGGCCUCCCUGAGCAGAGCGGUGCAGACUGCAGUAGCCAGUCCUAGGGUCUGCCAGUUGGCCUGUCCCAAGCGGAGGCAGGGUCUCUAUUCGCCCCAUUCGUCGAAGACCUCACUGGCACCCCCUCACCCAGCUGCAACCUCCUCCCGACUACAGCUCCUCGCCCUCCCUAAGUCUGACCACCCCCAGUAUGCCCAGGACCGUCCAGUCAGCUGGCCAGUGCCUGGGCCAGUGAGGAAGGCAGUAGCCAGUGAGAGGGUGCAGGUCCUUUCACAGCCCAACCAGCGGAAGGCGCUGUUCCAAGGCUACAACCCGUACACGGUUACCCUAGCUGCACGCUCCGCUAGCGCCUCGCCACGCCUACAGGAGCUUUGUCUGCCCCUGCCGCGGAAAUGCAAGGGCAAAUAGACGAAUGCAUCUCAUCUCACACCUCUACAGUCCCUCCAUCCGCCUCUUCUUCAGAUACUCUGUCUCCAGUACAGCAUGUCUAUGUCCCUGAUCACCACUGCUCCAUAUUAAAGACCCUCUAUGAUCUCA